AUGACCUGGGUCGGUGAGUUCAGGACCUUCCACCCAUUUUUACGGCCUCCAACGCCCUCAUGUUGGCCACCCGAGGUGUUGGUUCUCUUGGCCAUCCGAGCUCUGGGGAAGAGCAAGUUUGUCUUGUGCCAAGUGCCCAGUCACAACCGUCGCCCCGAAAGUGCGGUGCUCUAUUUGGUGGAACACAGCUCCAACGUGGUGCCGUCCAUUAAUCAAUUGAGUGAGUAUGGCUUGAAGUGCACUAAGCGAACGCUCCUGCUGCAUGAAGCCUUCAACUUUGCACAAUUGCUUCAAGGGGAGACGAAUGUGCCUGCCAACGUGCUGCAGCUGCAGGCACAAGUGAUGCGCGAGGGCGAGCAAGCUAUCCGCUUCUACAUCCUCUUCUUGCUGGGAUUUAUGAGUGGCUUCACCUGGCCCGCAGCGGAGAGGUUCAUGACGGCCCAGCGAGCAGAGAAUGUCAUCGAGGCUGUGAACAUGCUCCAGCACCUGUCAUAUGCCACGCCUGCGGGCAUCUACUGGGGCUACCUUUGCGCGCGUGCUCAAGCUUUGAGACUUCCAACAGAGAAACCUGAAGAUUUGGUCCUCAUCCGUUUGGCCUUUCUGAUGCGAGUUCAGACUGAUGUGCCUCACCUACAUUUGGCCGAUGCCCGAUGCCCAUCGAUGCCCUGUGAGAAGAGAGCCCUGACGAAUCACUUCUUGGCAGACGGCAUUGAAGAAACCGCCGUGGUGUUCGAGUUCCUGCCAGACUGCGUGGCCAAUGCCGUCAAAAACCCGGUGGUCACCUUGACCGGUCUGCUCGAAAUCUUGGAAGAGCCUCUUGGUCGCGCGGUGUGGAGGCUCUUGCACACCUUGCAGCCGGCCUUGGCCAUGAACCCAGACUUGCAGGAUGCCAAAGUGAUCCAAGUAGAUCUUUCAGACAUGAGCGAGCCGCUGGGCCACCAGAAGAGCUUCCCGGGCCUUUGUUCCCUUUCGGGCGUGGUGGCCGGUUCCGGAUGCCGGUUCCGCAGAGUGGGUGGCGUGGACGUGACUUUCCUGUCGCGGUUCAUUAGUGUGGUGAACAACCACUUUGUAUUUGAGACCUGCGUGUCACGCUGCAAGAUUCGAUUUGCCGGGCGUCGAGCUCAGUUGGAGAUGACCGCAGGGAAUUGGGGCCGCAUUCAUGAGCAAGACUCCGACCUCCAAAGUCUCUCGUACUCCGUGCGGGAUUUGAUGCAGCGUCUCUUGGGCAGCGUGAUUUGA